AUGGGGCUCCCUGAUGGCCAGUGCCAGCUGGUGCUGCUGUGGGCACUGGUGUGGGCACAGGGGGCAGGGUCUGUCUGUCCCUCCUGCGGAGGUCCCACACUGGUGCCCCAAGCAGAACGUGCUCUGGUCCUGGAGCUAGCCAAGCAGCAGAUCUUGGAGGGGCUGCACCUGACCAGUCGUCCCAGAAUAACUCACCCUCCACCCCAGGCAGCGCUGACCAGAGCCCUCCGGAGACUGCAGCCAGGAAGUGUGGCUCCAGUGAAUGGGGAGGAGGUCAUCAGCUUUGCUACCAUCACAGAGCCUUCCACUUCCGCCUGCAGCUCCGUGCUCACCUUCCACCUGUCCACAGCUCAGUCCCGGCACCUGUACCACGCCCGCCUCUGGCUGCGUGUGCUCCCCACCUUUCCCGGCACUCUUUCCUUGAGGACCUUCAGGUGGAACCCAGGCAGGAGGCGCCGAGAGUCGCGCACCCUCCUGGCGGAGCACCAGAUGACAACCCCAGGCUGGCACGCCCUGACUCUGCCCUCUAGUGGCUUGAGGGGUGAGGCGUCCGCUGUCCUGAAACUCCAGCUGGACUGCAGACUCCCAGGAGGCAACGCCACGGCUGCCCCACAGCGGCUCGUGGACACCGCGGGAGAUGAGCGGCCCUUCCUGGAGCUUAAGAUCUGGCCCAAGGGGCCUGGAGCAGGCCGCACCAGGAGGAGGACCCCCACCUGUGAGCCCGAGACCCCCUUAUGUUGCAGGCGAGACCAUUAUGUAGACUUCCGGGAACUGGGAUGGCGGGACUGGAUCCUGCAGCCGGAGGGGUACCAGCUCAAUUACUGCAGUGGACAGUGCCCCCCUCACCUGGCAGGCAGCCCGGGCAUUGCUGCCUCCUUCCAUUCUGCUGUCUUCAGCCUCCUCAAGGCCAACAACCCUUGGCCCUUGGGUACUUCCUGCUGUGUUCCUACUGCCCGAAGGCCCCUCUCUCUCCUCUACCUCGACCGUGACGGCAAUGUGGUCAAGACAGAUGUGCCAGAUAUGGUGGUGGAGGCCUGCGGCUGCAGCUAG